GGAUACCUUAGCUACCUCCAUGCACUGCAGUUGUCGCGGUCAGCGACAGUUGCCGAGUUCCUUUGCUGUUUAAGGUUUUUACUAAGCUCCGGUUCAUGAGUGUGUGCAGCCUACGGCCGCUCUGUUCAGUUCCAGCUCCUGUAGCCUAGUUGUUUUCGAUCUGAAGUUAAUUGUUUGCGUUUGAGGAAAUAUAUUGGCCUAUGAAACAGAGAAGUUUUCAAAAGUGAAAACAUCGAAGUGGAUUCCUUGUAGGCUAGGUGUUAAUAUUCGGUGUCUUUUUUUGCUUUCCCUACAUCACCACAUAAUCUUUAAACUAGUUUACGCGAAAGUGUCGACUCGGAGCGUGUUUGUAAUGGACAAUGUAGUUGGAUUCACGUCGCAGGAAAACUAGCUGCUCGAUUAUUUAUAAAGUUUCUUACUGUGUGACAGACGCACAAUGGAAAGAGAGACAUUACUUAGGUGGAACUCUGAAACAAGUUGUGGCGUCUAGUCUCUAGAUUUGAAGUAACAUAUGGCAUAAGGGGGAGCACAGCUGGAGGUAGCGUUUCCACUGCGGUGAUGUCAGAGCAGCUGACUCCACAGCUUGCAGUGUAAUUAGCAAACAGGGCACCAGUUUACUCACUCGCCUGCCUUCUCCCUAACCUUGCUCGGUGGGCAAGAGAGCUGGAGAUUGGAUUGGAGAGCCUGCUUCUCUGCUGGGCGUUUAUGUGAGCCCUGUCUGUGUGCGUGCGUGCUUGAUAAAUGAACGGUCUCUUCAUGAAUGUCCGAUAAACACGAAGAGUUGAAUAGCGAACGUUUUUUUUGUCCGUGUGGUAGCGUGUGUGCGACUGCUUGCACUUGCCUCGUCCUUUAUGCAAUUCCAUGGGAAGCGCAAAAAGUAGCGAUCAACUAAUCGGACUGUUGCAACACGGAGAGGAAGGUUAUGAAGGAAGAAUGGAGUUCCCAGACCAUAGCCGCCAGUUGCUGCAGUGUCUGAGUCAGCAACGUCACCAAGGUUUCCUCUGUGACUGCACUGUUCUCGUCGGCGAGGCGCGUUUCAAAGCGCACAGAGCCGUGCUGGCCUCGUGCAGCAUGUACUUCCACCUCUUCUACAGGGACCAGCUGGACAAAAGGGACGUUGUGCAUCUGAACAGUGACAUUGUGACGGCCCCGGCUUUCAGCCUGCUCCUUGAAUUUAUGUAUGAGGGGAAGCUUGAGUUCAGCGCCCUGCCAGUGGAGGAUGUCCUGGCCGCUGCAAGCUACCUUCACAUGUAUGACAUCGUCAAAGUCUGCAAAGGCAAGCUGAAAGACAAGGAUCUGUCGUCGCUGGACGAGACUCUGGGCGAGGGCAUGGGCAUAGGCAUGGCCGCGCUGGGCUGUCUGGACAGCUCCUCUGACGGGGAGACGCAGCAGCACAGUGGCGGCAGCAGCAGCAAACACAAACAGGCGGGCACACGACGGCGGCCCCAGUCCCAGCAGCCCGCCCCGAGGGCCCCCCCGGCUGACGACUGUGACAUGGACAGCAGCGAGGGCCGGCCGGCUGUCACAGAUUGUGAUAGGUCUGCUGUGGUGGUGGCGGGCAGGCAGAAGGCGAACGGUCACCCCGCCAGGUCCCCGGACCUUGUAGGUGUCAAUUAUGUGUCAGCCGAGGCCGAGGCCGGCGUCCAAACAGCUGGAAAAACAAAAGCUGAUGUCAGUGGUCCGGCGUGCGCGGCCUCCCAGAGGUCCCGGGCGUCGGAUGACAUGGACUGCGCUCUGGAUUUGUCUCUCAAGCCUCUGCCGGCCUGCCGCGACGCCUUCCACCCCUCCCAUGUCUCAGGACAGCUGGCCCUCGACAGCCAGCAGCAGGGCUCUGAGCCACUUGUUAAAGACGAACAAGACUUGCUGUCAGAGCAGGGGGACAGUGAGCCGACGAGCCCGGAGGGCCAGCGCUUUGGGAAUAGCGCCAGGAGCGCGGCGGUGACAGGGUUCGCUGCCCUCUUCCCGGGCAACAACGGCUCCAACGCCACCCUGCUAGCCCCAGAGGAGGAACUGAUGGAGGGGGAGGGGGCAGAGGGGCUGCUGGUGGGGGCUGGAGGAGGGGGAGUGGGGGAGCGGGGCCAGGCGAGAGGCCGAGAGGCAGACAACGAGGGAGGGGGGAGAGGAGUGGGUCUCAGCCUGGUGGUAGGAGGAGGAGGAGGAGGAGGGGGAAGGAGGCUGCUGGGGGACAGCGAGGAGGAGGAAGAGGACGACCUGGCGUCCUCGGACAUCUCCACGUCCAGCGGGGUCCUGCUGCCGCCGGGCCAGCAGGUGUGCGUGUGCCCGCUGUGCAGCAAGGUCUUCCCCAGCCCGCACGUGCUCCAGCUGCACCUGAGCUCGCACUUCCGCGAGAAGGACGGCGCUGUGCGCUCCAAGCUCUCGCCCGACGGCUCCGUGCCCACCUGCUCGCUCUGCGGCAAGACCUUCUCGUGCAUGUACACGCUCAAGCGGCACGAGCGCACGCACUCCGGCGAGAAGCCCUACACCUGUGGCCAGUGCGGCAAGAGCUUCCAGUACUCGCACAACCUGAGCCGCCACGCCGUGGUGCACACGCGCGAGAAGCCGCACGCCUGCAAGUGGUGCGAGCGCCGCUUCACGCAGUCCGGGGACCUCUACCGACACAUCCGCAAGUUUCACUGUGGCCUCGUCAAGACCCUCGCCAUCGGCUAGGCACCGAGGAGUCCGAAACAACUCAACACACACACACAAAAACACACUCAUAUAUAUAUAUAUAUAUAUAUAUUCACAAACAAAACAAACACAAAACAAAUAGCACUCGUGCCAUGACAAUAUCAACAUGACAAAUGUGUCUUUGUAUCCACUCAAGACUACUCUAUGCUACUGUACAGGUCUCUUUGAAUCUCCUGCUGUUGCUGCACAUGAAAACGUAGCCUAAUUUGAGAGCACUGAGGGGCAUCCUUUUGCAUUAAUGCUCAGUGAGGCUUUGCUAAUUUCUAAUGCACAUAAGUGUGUUUAAUUAGUGGUUGCCCACGGUGUUAAUCUCUCCCUCUCUCUGUCUCUAUCUCUCUCUCUCUGUCUCUCUUUUCGCCUGGGCAUCUGCAUGGUUCAAAUAAUAGACAAUGUAUGGUAGUCGAGAGAUUUGGCCUUGGGCUGAAAUAUCUAUUUGUCACCUCUGUAUGCUGAAUGAAUGGAAAUGCUGGAGGGCUGGAUGCACUUGUGGUUUCUCCCAUGAGAGCUGUGUUUUUUUCCUGAGCUUGAAAUUAUAGAAAACAAAUGAGUUGUGUGUGUAUAUAUAGAAACACACUCUGUUCAAAGAGCAAAUGAUACAACCUUUCAGAGCAGCAGAACUUUCAGUGGUCAGCCUGUAGGCUCUCAUUCAUGACACAAAGCUCACAGUCCAAGCCUAGGAUCCCUGCAUUAUACUUUAGACAGCUAAAAGUCUGAAGUUUGACAACUACUGAGUAUUUGUUUUGUUUGUUAGAAUGUUGGGAGGUGUCAUUUUUGACAGACCUUUGUUAGCACAUCAGAAAAUAUUCUGUUAUUUAUAUAAUAGUAACUCCGUUUGCAGCAGGACCAGAUCUGUUUGUUUUGUACAUAUCUACUGUAAGAGGCGCCUGCUUUGUUUAAGAUGGGAGGGAGUUUAUCAGGACUGUCACUUUGCCAUGACGGCUCUGUGAAAGAUUUGCCUCUUAUUUGUGCUGUAUUGAAAUCGACUGCUGAACAUCUGUUGGAGGUGGAAGUGGAAGAGUUUGUGGAGCGAUAGGGCUUUUGUCAGGAAAACAUGGCAAGUUUUGCUUUAUCGCCUACUGUAAGCGACAGAGAGGAGAUGGCAACCAUCUCUGGCAUGCAUCUGGGCUGCAUCUGGCCCGGGUCUGCACUGGAGCAACAGUACGGUCUGUACUGUGAAUAAGCUGGCUUGGGCGGCGUGCUGCUAAAGGACACGCACAUGAGUCAAGUGCUGUAAGACUCUGGGCUUCCCCAGGAAGCACUGCACUGUGCCCUACUGUACUGCAGAUGAGCUCAUGUCAUUGCACGAUGUGGUCAUUCCAGAUGGGUAGACUUUCAGUGGCAUCUCGCUUGUCCUGUUGAUGUAUUGUGGGGUCACCUUACUGGUCUAAGACUUUUUUCCUUUGUUUUUCUUUCAAUCUCUCCCUCUUUCUGUCUCUCUCUCUCUCUCUCCAUCCCUUUUGUGAAGUGGGUGAAUGUGAAACAAGAUCAGGCAGGAUGGUGAAACUGAUUUCAUCAGUGAAUAAUUUGAUUGACUGGGUCUCUGGUGUUAGAAGUAAUAGAAGGUUGUUUGCUUUUCUGUUUUCUUUGGUUCUUACUUGAUUCGGAUAUAGCAUAUACUGUAUGCAUCAGCAUGAAAGCAGGUAGCACUAAAACUCCAACUUCUGUAUGAUUUAAUCUCUCCUGAGAAAACUUGAUUAGGAUUAUUUAUUAGUAUUUUUUAUUUGGUUCAGGGUUUUUAUUAUCUGUUAAAUUCUUGAAGUUUUAGAGAGCUUGUUUCUUUUGCUGGUACUAUUUCAGUUGUUAAAUGGGGUCACUUCAACCUUGUAUCACAGGUAGUUACUGUUUGUGUUCAUGAAGUGAGGUUUUGUAACUUUUUUUUGUCCAAUGUUAAAAAACAAAACCAGAAGCUAUCUUAAAUGAUUUUUUUUCUCACAAGAUACUGAGAAGCACUUGUUUUGAGCAUACAUACUGUAGUUUUGACACUGAUACUAUGUAGGCUGCUAUUUCUAACUAUUUGUAUAUUUAAUGUAAAUAUGUAUUUUAUUUAUCAAAAUAAUUUUGUCUUUUCGUGUGUCAGACACAAGCUGAGUUGAGAAAAAAGAUGCCUCUCAAUAACCUUUUCGCAAUCCUUUAAAUCAAAGGUGUUUUUGACUCUCAGAUUUAGUUUUCUUCCUUGAGAGGUCCUCCCUCUUGUUUAUGCCUUGAUUUGGUUGAUGAGCAGCAUUGAGUGGCAUACAACUCCUAGAACUACUUAUUUUGCCUUGUGUGAAGGAUGUGGUGUUUCUUUGGUGCUAACACUCCAAUGUUCCAUGGAGCACCCACCAACAAUUCAAGCUACUGCUCAUUUUCCUGUUUAUCGCCUGUUCAGAUUUCUCCUUGAAGGAAUCGUGCGUCUUCCCCACUCCGUCUCUCUACUGAAGGAGAAUCAAGUCUCGCGUUGCACUUUUUUUUUGUAUUGACCAUUAUGCUGGUAUGUGAGAAAUGUACGGAGGGAGAAUUUAUGCAGGUGCAUAGCGUAUGUGUGUCAGCACAGAAGGCAAUGACUGAUGCAGAAGAAAGAGUACUGUAUGUUUCUGUUAUUUUCCCCUAUUCACACAGACAGGACUGCACCCCCACAACCAUAUGUUUUUUUUUUUUUGUUGUUCUUGAUUUUGUUGCACAUUUACUUUUAUAAAAGCCCCUGUAGAAUAGUAUUUGUCCCCCUUUAUUUUGUUUGUAUACUUAAGGAUCAGUUUAAACAUUGUGAUUUGGCUUUGUUGCAAUUCUAAAGUAUUUGAUGUAGUCUGUAUGAAGAGAACAGAGAAAAAGGAUACCCUUCAGUCAUUGGUUGUCUUGCCAUGCAUUUCAGUUGUAUGUGUUGUUUUUCUGGUCAUAACAAUCUCAUGAUAUCAAAUGAAUGUCACAUUGUAUAUUUAUCGAAGCUGAACAUGGAGGAAUGUAGUUUGUCUUGUCUUUUUCAUUAACUCAAAAUAAGACAUCAUUUCAUACAGCUCUUGUUGAGAGAUUGUGACUGUCAUCUUGAUGUAUGCAUUUUGCUAUUCCGAAGCAGUGUGAAUGAGUACACUGUACUGUUUCUGUUUUUGCAAAACUAAUGCAAUUUUAUUUAUAUUUCUAGAAUCAUUUGACAGCAUCCAUGUCUCGUUGACACAAGGUGGACAAUAUGUUCACCCAACCCUAUCGACAGCCCUUCGUGGUUGUUAAAUGUCACAGACCGCACAUAUACAUACUGUUUUUUUUAGCAGUUAAUUGACCGAAAUGUCCUAAUUGAUAGAUGUCACAUCAAAUUACUGAGGUAGAAAGUACCUAUAUUACAUAUUACAAACCACUCCAGCGAGGCCUAUUUGGUCUCUCCUUGUCAUUCUCAUUUUGUAUGGGUAGGGUUUGAAGAGAAACACCAGCAUGGAACAGUCACAAGAGCCAACGUUAUGCAUUGAGUCCUGUGCUUCUGGAAGUGGUGAAUCCUAGAUGGAAAACUUUAGGUUUGGAGGAAAAACCUCCCCCUUUCGACUGCAUGGAUGUGUAAUUCUGAAAAUGUACUACUAUUCUAGAGUCGAAUUCAAAUGUUAGUAUGCAUUAAUACUGGAAUAUUGUCUUUUACAGGUUCAGACUGUGAAAUUGUGUAUAAUCAGAAAAAUAUUUAUUGAUUCCUUGUGCAAAAUUUUACUGUAUCUCACAAUUUUGAUUUGUAAAAUGAAAGAUACUACUAAAUGCAGAACUUUUUUCAUAGACUUUGUAGAAGUGCCAUUAGAUUUAAUAUAAUUUUUUAAUAAGAAAGGUAUAUUUUAUAGGAAUCAAAAGCUUCAGUGAUAGUGCUUUAGAAACCAUAGAUGACAAUCUCUUUGAUUUGACACUUGAUAGAUUUUGAUGAUCUGGAAUUGUGUGUGCUUUUUUGUUAGCUCUUUUGACGUGUGCCUGUGUGUGUGUGCUGUGAAAAUGUGACAAUCUCCAUUUAGGUCUUUUAUUUAGAACGUGCAUACAUUAAAAGAUCAUUUUCUGUGACAGUG